AUGUGUUUGCGAUCAAUGUUGAUAGACAAAUUCUAGAAGACGAAAAAAUGGACGAUCUUGCAUUAGUUUGAACAAUAUUUCUUGAUGGUUAUGCGUUAGUAAUAAUCCAUCCCACAACAAAUAGGUAUUAUAGUCUGGGAGUAAGAUGUACUGUUCGCUCCUAUCUAAUGUCGAUAUUGGUAUGCCUGCGGUGAAUUUUUUUUCCCAGUCUACGUCUUAUACAGAAGCAUGAGGUCGUUAUUCGUCGUGCUGUUGCUGGGUCUGGUCGUGAGACAUGGUCACGGAGAAGGGGGCGACACGAGUCUGAAUGAUUUUUCCGAUCUCGGCUAUGAUGACCUCAUUAGCGUGAGCCAACUCUACGAUAAAUUCAUCGAGUACAAGACGACGGAUUCACAACAAAUUGGGGGACUGCUGGAGACGGUGGCUAAAAUACAGGCAACCGUUAACAAUCUGUCCGCUUCUAUCCUCAAUUCGGCCACCGAGGCAGAGACGCGUCACGCAGAUGAGAUGGAAACCUUGGGUGCUAUGGAGACAAGGCUUCAUCAGCUUGACACCAAGAUAGAUACAAGGUUUCAAGAGAUAGAAACUCAGGUAAUGCAGACAAACACAGCCACCGACGCUCUCGGAGUUAAGGUGGAUGCGCUUGAUGGAAGCCUAAACGAGAAGCUUCUUCGAGAGAGAAAUGCUUUAUUGAAGAUCAUCGAGCAGAAGAACGGACAGAUGAAAACUGCAAUCGCCUCCAACAUCGCAAAGUCGAAACAAGAGCUGCAAGAUGGCAGCACUAGCACUCGGCUGCUGCUAACUUCCCUCUUAAACGACACCGCUACCGCGAAGGCAGCCAUCGAUGACGUCACCGCGACGGUAAAGGACGAGUUAACGAGCAGCAGACGAGAUUUCAGCGCCGAUCUGCGCGCCCUCUCGAAGCGCGUGCAGCUCGCCGCGCAGCGCGCCAACGACAGUUUCGGCGGUUUGGCACGACAGCAUACGGUGGAGACGGCGAGCCUGCUAGUUGGCGUGCAGGCCGACGCUGCCGCCCACGCGACCGCGCUCACGGAGUCGAUGGACGAGCAAGCGCAGCACGUGGCGCGCACGCUCGCUCGCUCGCUUCACCAGGCGGCGCAGCAGUCG